GUAUUCAUGAACCUGACAGAAUUUAACCAGUCUGAUUACUGUGAGCUUUUCUCCUGUCCAGAAAAAUCUGUAUCUCCUGCAGUUUAUAUCUUAUUGUAUGUGUGUUCAGCGGCUGUGGUUCUUCAAACAGUGUGUGGAAAUAUGCUGGUAAUAAUUUCUGUUCUUCACUUCAAGCAGCUUCACACACAAACAAACACACUUGUGCUCUCUCUGGCUGUGUCAGAUUUCCUCAUUGGUGCUUUGGUGAUGGUGCCGAUAUUUAUCUGGACGAUUGAGUCAUGCUGGAUUUUUAAUACAAGUUACUGCAUCUUUUUGAUGAUAACUUCUUUUUUUCUCGGAAACCAGUCCAUCUACAAUAUCGCUUUGAUCUCUGUGGAUCGGUAUUUAGCUCUCUCAAAUCCAUUUUUCUACACAAAGUCAAUCUCUAAGAAGUUUAUGUGCAUUGUAGUGUAUUCUAACUGGUGUUUGUGUCUUGUGUAUGUCAUAGCACUUUUGUAUAUUAAUAGAAACUUUAUGGGUUUUGUAAUGUGCCCUGGACAGUGCUUUUACAUUCUGAAUGAGGUUUGGACUGCAAUUGAUCUUGUUCACACAUUUAUAUUUCCAUGUUCUGUCAUAUUAUUUUUUUAUACUCUGGUUUUUGUGAUUGCUAAGAAACAUGCCACUGCUAUCAGAGAGCUUAAUAAUCAUGCACGACCUAAAACACAGAAAAUCACCUCACACUCAAUGAAAUCUGAGAGAAAAGCAGCUAAAGUCCUCGGCAUUUUAGUGUCUGUGUUUCUGGUGUGUUUACUUCCAUAUUUUAUUUGCAGUGUAUUAGGAGGUGUUAUUAAAAUACAGCCAGAAACUAUUCAGAAAGCUGUUAUUAUGCUUUACCUUAACUCCACUAUUAAUCCAUUUAUUUAUGCCCUGUUUUACCCAUGGUAUAGAAGGUGCUUUAAAUUAAUUAUUACUUUGCAAAUAUUCCAAACAGACUCUUCAUUAACAAACGUUUUAUCAUGA